GUGAACGUUCUUCCAUCCGAUCAGACGCCUCCCUCUCUCAAACCUAUCAUGAGGAGGGAGUUGGCAGUUCUGCAGUGUUGACCAUCGCAUGAGAUACCUUCACGGUUUAGGGUGCAUGCGGUAGGAGGCGUCUCUCGAAUCAUAGGAAGCUCGACUUGCCGAGCUUCACCCGAGUCUAUCUCAACAUACACCCAAUGCCAAAAAGCAGUGUCUGCGAAACACAGACAUGGCGCUCCCGCAGUCCGCAUAUAAGGACCGUGAGUUCCUCGCCGUGAUAGGCGACGAAGACUCAGUGACCGGUAUAUUGCUGGCCGGCGUAGGUCAUGUCACCGACCCCCCCGACUCCCAAAGGAACUACCUCGUCGUGGAUCAGAAGACCGAGACGUCAACCAUAGAAGGCGCAUUCGACUCGUUCACAAAGCAAAGGAAGGACAUCGCGAUUGUUCUUAUCAACCAACAUAUCGCGGACAAGAUCCGAGGACGAGUCGAUGGCUACAGCGAAGCAUUUCCGUCUAUCCUAGAGAUACCAAGCAAGGACCAUCCAUAUGACCCGGAGAAGGACAGCGUGAUGAAGCGUGUCAGGAAGCUCUUUGGCGAGUAGAUUUGCGUCUUGUAUGUGACUCUGGGUAGCCGCCACUAAGAGCGGUCUCGUUCUUGCCACAAACGCUACAUUACUAUAGACAGGAUACCCAAAGGUCUCGCUAUGAUGCAUCAUCUUUUGAACAUUAUGUCUUCACAUCUGGCUUUUGAAGCCCUGUAGCCUCUCUCCGUGGGCAU